GUCUCUCUCACAUAAUCUCACCCCCAAGAGCAGCUUCCACACAAUCCACCCCCUCUCUCUCUGUGUGAUGUGCCCAGUGAUCACAAUUACGUCGAAUGAAUCAGUGAAUUAACACGCCAUCGGAGAUUUUAUUCUCGUAAAUGACACUUGAGACACUCUCCUCCCUAUUAAAUGUACAAACACACCUCUCACGACGUUGCCCAUCGUAACAGACGAAAAAUUAUUAUCGCGGCAAUGUGAACAAGCCAAUUGUUGAUUAACAAAUAAUCCAAAUGUUGGUUAAACGCGACGGCAUUAUUUAUUGGUGGGAUUUAUUUUAACUUUGUUGUGUUAAUUAAUUUGAGAGCUUCAAGUUAUUUAUUUUUCUUUAUUAAUUCAUUCACAUUUUCAAAGUUGAGUUUAUAAAGAGGGAGAGAUUAAAGAUAAUAGAUUAAAAUGCGUCUUCCAGUCGCAGUGUUUUUGUGCCUGUGCAUUAAUGGUGUAAUUUGCCGAUCAACAAGGUCCACGAUGGAUCGUCACAGUGGUGAUAAUGCCACUGCUGGCAAUUGCGAAAUCGUCAGGCCCUUUUUCGAGAGCAAAAAUAUCACAAUUGAUUUUUCAAGCAUCAGCAAAGAGGACAUAACUGCAAGCACGUGCGGUGGAUCGUGCUGCAAUCGUCAGUCCGAGGAUCAACUUCGACAACAGGCAAGAGCGGAUUUUCACAAUUUAAUACACCACCACAGCCGCAGUCUCCAGGGCCUUUUAGCAACAACGGCUGAUGCCUUGAGGGAGACGGUGACAACACUGAUCCGUCAAUCGGAAAACAAGACGCUCACUCUGUUCGAGCAGGUCUACCGUUCGAUGUCACUGCUCAGCAGGCCAUCAAUCAAAGCACUUUACCAAGCAAUGAUCGACUACGUCUCGCCCAGCAACACUCCAGACACCCUCCAACAGCCACUCAGCCGUGAAAUGCUUCAGAAACGUUUCACCGAGUUCUUCACUCGUCUCUUUCCAAUAGCCUAUCAUCGUGCUGUUAAUCCACAUCAGCAAGACUUUACUGAUAAAUUCAAAAGUUGUCUCUACGAUGCUAUUGACGCGAUCCAGCCGUUUGGGGAUAUUCCAAAACAGAUAUCGCGCUCAAUGAGCAAGAGUUUAGAAGCCACUCGUGUGCUUGUUCAAGCGUUAACAUUGGGGAAAACGGUGUUGGAUAAAACAGAUACCGUGCUGUUUUAUGGCACUAGUCCGCAGCAAGCUGCAUGCUAUGAGGCACUGCUCAGGAUGACAUACUGUUCAAAGUGCUCGGGACACGGGUCAACAGUUCGUCCGUGCAGUGGUCUGUGCACAAACGUCAUGAGGGGUUGCUUGAUGGAACCAGCGUCUCAAUUGGAUCUGGCCUGGUCUGGUUACGUAGAAACUGUCGAGAGACUCGUUGUUGCUGUUGAUGGUAGAACAGAUCCACUUGGUUUGAAUGCCGAGAGAGCAGUCAGACAGUUGGAUACUCGAAUUUCUGAUGCCAUAAUGCACGCUAUGGAGAAUGGUCCUACGCUCGAGGAGAAGGUUCGAAAAUUGUGUGGACGUUCAGAGCUACAGGUGGGAAAAAUAUCGGAAGCACCCCUCGUGCCGUCAUUUGAAGGCAAGUCAUCGUCAUUGCUGUCAAUGAGCUUUGAGCAUCGUCUGGACGCGGAUGUCCCUCAGCCAAACUACUCCCAGGCACAUCGUGCCGCCACUCAAACUCAACUACACAGCCAGCUGGGCAACUUUUUAGCCAGUGUCGUUAGGUCUCGCACCUUCUACGGUACACUUGAUGAUGCCAUAUGCGAGGAGUACCCCGAAAGGCAUUGCUGGAAUGGACAGCGAAUUGGAGAGUACACAAAGACUGUGGUUGACUCAAGCUUAACUGCCCAAAGAUACAAUCCCGAAUUUGCAAUGGCUAUGACUGCAGGAACGCCCAGUUACGGAAAUUCAAAUACAAGUGUUCUGAUAGAUCAACUGCGGCAUAUAAAUCAAGUGGUGCAAUUGCAGUUGGCAUCAGCUCCCGACAGUGGAGUCCUGCUGUCUGACGAGGCGCUAGACGGGUCCGGCAGUGGUGCUAAUCCAAAUUGGAACAGAGGAAUCGUUGUAAAUAGUGAUGACGAGGACGUUGACGAUGAGAGCGAAGCUUCCGGCUCGGGAAUGGGCCCCAUUAAGCACGGUGAUACACCGAUACUGACGAAAAUCAAUACAGACGAUAAAACGAACAAGACAAGUGGUGCUGCCGCGAAAAUCACUUCUCUGGUGCUUCUCAGCUUCGUUUGGCUCCUUCACUGUGCCUAAAGCCAAUUAAAAUGAUCACUGUACAGUACAUAGUAGAUGAAUAGUCAUCGAUUCACGAGGGAAGAGGCGAAAAAGGUGAUAAAUAGCUAAUGAUUGCAAUUCGUAUCACAAAAAAAAAUGACGAAAGUAAUUCUUCGCAGAAAUUACGUAGAUUUAUUUGUAGAUAAAAGUACUCACUCCCCCAUUAGACAAGAUGAUGGUUCUGUGUCGCGGGCUCCGACAUAUUCGUCGGGUGAUAUAGCGUAUGCCAUAAUUGAACGUUAACUGCCACAAUGCCAAUCGUUUGUAAAAAAAACCUGAGAAUGGAUUAAAUUAUUAUCACUUCUUCCUUUUUCCACUUUCACUACUCUCUUCUUCUUUCCAAACUCCCCGAAAUUCUUCCCAAUUUGAAAUUACUGACUAUACGAACACACAUUUUUAUUUAUGAAUUAUUUAACAUCCCGUGAUAAGAUUGAUUGAAUAAUUGAUUUGUCGAUUGAUCGACGCCAAUGUGAAAGAACAUUUCACCCACAUAGAUAAAUUAUUUUGAGAACACGUGCUGUGGCGCGUCGGCCCCCACGUUCGUUUUCUGAUUUGUGAUUUUUAUUUUAAUAACUUUGUGCCUUUUUCAAUGUAACGCCGUGCCACGCACCGCCGCUCAAUCCUUUUUAACGAAAAAAAAUCUAUAAAUGGAGAUAAUAGGCAUUGAUGCUUUUGCUACUAGGGAGAGAUGCGGAGAUUUAAAAAAUGAUGAAUUAAUCAGGGCAAUACACGACACGUGUUGAUGCCUGUUAAUAUCUGUUGGCCGGUAGCACAUUAGCUUCCAAGAUCCGCGCAGGUCCGCGUGACCCAAAAGCCUGUGGUUACAAAUACGUCGUACAUUUGAAUGGUAUCGAUUUUUAAUUUCGGUGACUGGCACCGAAAAUUAAAGAUUCAAUUAAUGUAUUGCGUGAAAUACGGCAUAUGCUUGGACGUAGCCAGUCGCUAAUUGAUUGAUAAUUAUUUUUCAAGAUUUUAUGAUGACGCAAAUCAACAUUUUCACCGCUGUUUUUAAUUACUAUUAUUAUUAUGAUAUUAUUAUUAAUAUUAUUAUCAUUAUUGUUCUUUCAUUUCAUACAUUUUUUUUUGAAUUAAUGUAGAAGUCAAACUUGCGACGAGAGACUGACUUUCAUACAUGUAUUUCUUUUUUCUUUGUCUCUUCAUCAAUCUUGAAUGGAAAAAAAUUAUUGAGAGGAACAAAAGUGUAACUCAAGUGACUCUUGAAAAUUCUUCAAUGGAAUGAAUUAAUUGGGUGAUUACGUGAGAGAGAAUAUACCUGUCCUGUAGGUAAUCGUUAUUGAAAAGAUUGUAAAUAGUAAUGGUGAAUGCGUGUUGUAUUUAUAUAUGCAAUAUGUUAAAAUUAUGUUAUAUUAUUAUAUUAUUAUUAAAAACGGUCUAAAUGAAAGAAAAAACUAUGGAAAGUUAUUGGGGAUAUAAUUUAACAAUGGCUUUUAACGUAAUAACAAAGUUGAUUAAAAAAACAAGCAUCGAAUCAUGUGUGAGAGAGUUUAGUAUAAACAAAGUUGAAGAAUGUAUUUCCAAUUGGUGGAUUGGCCGGAGUGUAACUCCGUGUACUCGUUUUUAUUAGUUAUUCUCAUGACAGAUCAAAUCAAUUGAGACUCGUGAAAAAUUUAUUAUUUUAUUAUCAACUGAUGGUUGAAGCAAUGGGGUCUAAUUACGUGAUUUAAUCUCUCAUCUGAAUGACGAUGAUUAUUACUAUUAAUCUAUUAGAGUGAAAUGAUUAUUUAGAGCCUCGUUGAUCGACGUUUAUCGCUAGUCGAGGGCAAUUGAAUAUUAAAAGCCGACAUUACCUGGUUUAGAUCCGAUAGAUUUAUUAUUCUAUACUUUCCAAAUUUCCACUGAUUAUUUCGUAAUUGAAAGUAUAAAGGCUAUCUUACGAUUGAUUUGUUAAUUCAUUCGCUCCAACUUUUUAAUUAUUUCCCCUUCCCGCCCCCUGUGUGGUAUUCAGCUGGGGGCCUCAUAGCGAUUUAUUAUGUAACAUUAAUUUUUUCAUGCCUACUACGUUUGGCGAACGUCUGUGAUUAUUGUAAACAAGAAUAAAAAAUAAAUGAUUAAAAAGUGAAUAAUAAAAAUUGAGGGAAUUUAUAA